AUGCUCGUACUGCGUCCGUCCAUGUCAUCUCCGUACUACCUCCACAAUACCUCCCCUCGCACUUCCGUGCGACUUCAACAGUACCUGCUGUCGCACGUCCUCUCGUCAUGUAUGCUCUUUGCUGCCGUCCUCCUGGUAUGGACGUGCCUCGUCUCCACCUUUCCUGCUUCCCCGCUUCCUUUCUUCCCCCGCAUCCCUUGCGUUCCCCCCGUCCCCCGCAUCCUUCGCGUCCCCCGCGUUUACCCGUCUCACCCGCGUGCCCCGCGGCCCCAUGGCAGGGCGUCUCUCACCUUCCUCGUCCUCGACAGCAGCCAGUCACAGAGGAAGUCCACUAAAAAACUAUCCCCCACCACCACCCAUUGCCCCACCAUCCCCCCACCCCACGUCCCAGCUCUCACCUUCCUCGUUCUUGACAGCAGCCAGUCCACAGACGCCCCCUUCCCCUUCCUCUCCGCCUUCUCCUCCUCCUUCCAGAAGCCCCACUGGCGCUCGCGCCCAAUCACCGCGCAGCAGCAGCAGCAGCUGCACAACCAGCAGCAGCAGCAGCAGGGGCGGUGGAGAUCCCAACCCCUCGCAGGCGUCUUUGACGUGGUGGCGUAUGGGGCGGUGGGGGAUGCAGUCACGGACGAUACACAUGCGCUGACCACGGCCAUGCAUGCAGCGUGCAGCCAUGCGGCGGAGAAGGGGGUGGUGGCGACGGUGCUGGUGCCGUGGGGUGGUUGUUAUUCCGUGCAGCCCAUCACCAUGCAGGGGCCAUCCCUCCUUCCUACAACCCCCGCUCUCCCUCCCCACCCCCCACCUUUCCAUGCCCUUCAGAUUGACGGGGUCCUGGUAGGUCCAUCGGACCCUACAGCGUACCCUUUUCCCGACUACACCAGCACCUACUUCCCCUACACCAGCGGCUUCCUCUCCUUCAAAAACUUCUCUGGCCUCGUGAUCUCGGGCGGGGGCAGAAUCGAUGGGCAGGGGCAGGAGUUCUGGAAAGCAUUCAGGAACUACACUCUGCAGAAGACCAUUCCGAUCAGGCCGUUUGCAAUCCGGCUGAUGCACUGCAAGAACACGACGGUGGAAGGGAUCUCCAUCUGGAACUCUCCCAUGUAUCACCUCUUUGCGUACACGUGCGAUGGGCUGCACAUACGGCGCUACAAGACCAACUCGCCCAGCAGGAGUCCCAACACUGACAGCCUCAAGCUUGUUGGCAUCAAGAACGCUCUCAUUGAGGAGUGCUUUCUGCAUGGAGGUGAUGAUGAUGUGUCAGUAGUAGCAGUGGGGGAGCUGGUGGCGUAUAACAUCACUGUGAGGAACCUGGAAGCAACUGCAGGGCACGGAAUAAGCAUCGGGAGUGUUGGAUGGGACGGCAAUGUGGGGUGUGUGGCGAAGGUGCGGGUGGUAAACGUGACACUCAUCAACCUGACCAAUGGCAUUCGCAUCAAAACAUGGCAAGGGGGUCUUGGGGUUGUCCGAGAUGUCUUCUACGAGAACAUCCACAUGAAGAACACCAGCAAGGCCAUCAUGCUGAAUCAGGUGUGUGAGCUCAGCUGA